AUGGAUGAAGAUGACAAAGUUGUUUCGCGGGAUGAAGAAACUGUAAUUGUACAUGAAGAGAAGAAGAAGAAGAAACAGAAGCUUCCAGUUAGGAGAGGGCCUACAACAAGGUCACAUUCAAGUGUAGUACCAGAGGAGGAACCUGAUUUCAAACCUUCAUCUGAUGAAGAAGAGAAAGGAUUGUUGAAGGAGGCUGAUGAUGAUGUUAUAAAAGGUGAAACUACUUUUGUGAUUAAGAAGAUGAUAAUUAAGCAUACUUGCCCUAUUAGUACAGAGACAACAAGGGUAAGUGCCAAGUGGCUUGCACAGAAGUAUGAGUCACUGUUCAGAUCUGAUCUAACAACUGGCAUUCAGACUUUGAUUGAUGCUUGCAUGGAGAAGUAUGGUGUGGAUGUGCCCAAGUCAAUGGCAUAUAGAGCAAAGAACAUAGCUAUUGAUGCUGUGCUAGGAGACCACAAGAAGCAAUACCCUAGGUUGAAAGACUAUGCUCAAACAGUGAUGGAUACAAACCCUGGGAGUAGAGUAGUAGUCACUACUGUAACUCCAACACCCACUGAAAAAAUCCCCCAUCCAGGUCCAAGAUUCCAUGCUAUGUUCUAUUGCAUCAAUGGAGCAAGGGAGGAGGGGUUUCUCAAGGGGUGCAGACCAUUCAUUGGUGUUGAUGGGUGCUUCAUUAAGUUAACUACUGGUGCUCAACUACUUGCUGCCACUGGUAGAGAUGGCAACAACAAUAUAUACCCACUAGCAUUUGGUAUUGUUGGGCAAGAGGACACAACUAACUGGUGUUGGUUUCUACACCAACUUAAAAUCUGCCUAGGAGGAGAAGAGGGACAGUUUGGUCCAUAUACAAUAAUGCCAGAUAGACAAAAGGGCCUACUAAAUGCAGUGAAUGCUGUCUUUCCUAAGUGCAACCAAAGGUUCUGCCUUAGGCAUAUCUAUGCAAACUUCCAAAAUGCUGGGUUUAGCGGGGAAGAUCUGAAGAAGUGUAUGGAUAAUGCUGCCUAUGCAAAUAGUGAACACAAAUUUAACAUUGCAAUGAAUGACCUUAGAGCUGAAUGCCAGGAAGCUUGGGAGUGGCUUUAUCAAAUACCCAAGAAAACAUGGGCAAGGCAUGCAUUUGACACAAACUGCAAGACUGACCUUGUAGUUAACAAUUUGUCUGAGGUGUUCAACAAGUAUUUCCUAGAUGUUAGGAAGAAACCAAUUAGGACAAUGUGUGAUGGAAUAAAGGAUAAGCAGAUGAUGAGGUGGCAUAGGAAUAGGGAGAGUGGAAAGACAGCUAGAUGGGACAUAACACCCCAUUAUAGUGAGAAGCUAGAGGUUGAGAAGGGGAGGGCCAAAUAUUGCAAGCCAAUUCAAGCUGGUGUGAACUUGUGGCAGGUUACAAGUGGGCAGCAAACCCAUGCUAUUAACUUGCAAGUGCACACAUGUGGGUGCAGAAAAUGGGACCUCACUGGCAUCCCAUCUUAUGAACCAAUGAUCUAUCCAGUUCCUGGUGAGCAUGACUGGACAAAGACCCCUGGUCCAGACAUUGACCCACCUGCUUUUAAAGUGAAGAGAGGAAGAAAGAAAGAGAAGAGGAUCAAGGGGAAAUUUGAAGUUCCAAAGCCUAAGGACACAUCAAGAAUGGGGACUAUAACAUGUGGUAAUUGUGGACUGCAAGGACAUAGGUACACAAGCUGCCUCAAGCAGUUGAAGCCUGAGCUGGCUUUGAGGAAGAACAAACAUGUGGUAAUCCUCUUAUAA